AUGGUCUAUGAUUGGGAUGCCCACGAGAAGCUAUGUUUCCAGCUAUAUAUCAACGAGAAAAAGUCCCUCGAGGACAUCAUGGAAUAUCUCAAAAUCCACCAUGACUUUUCGCCCUGUAAACGAGCUUUCCAGACGCAGUUUCGCAAAUGGGACUUUCCUUCGAAGCAGAACCCCGCAUACAAGAAUGAUCGGCUGGUCGCGCGGGUCAAGGAGUUGUGGGAGAGGAAUCUGUCGCAGACGGAGAUGCUGAGGGUGUUGAACGAGGAGGGGUUCGACAUUAAGAAGAGAGAGCUGAUCCGGGUGAGGACGAAGAAUCGGUGGCUACUCAAGGCUGCGAAUGGGGAGAGGGCGAAGGACGUGCCCGACCCUGAGCUGAGGCCGUCGCCCUUGCAAGAUGGCUUCGGGGGACACAACGGUGGAGGUACACCUGACACCUUGACAGACCACGAGGUUCUGGGAGCGAUGCCUGACGAUGUCGGUACGGCUUGGGAUCAGGAUAAUAACCGGAGGAAGAGGAGGCGGCUGAAGGCCUUUGAGAGUGCGUCACUGGAUGCACCUAUCGCUCCCCGGUUUCCGUCCGAGACUACUCUCGACGAGGCCAAAGUCAUACUGGGCCUGGCGAACGAAGUCUACCGACAGCUCCGUACCACGUUUGCGCGCCUCUGCGAAGAGUCAGACAUCGUCAAAAAGACCAUCGCCGGCCCCGACAGGUGGGAGGCUGUUAAGGAACGGUUGAUACAGGAGAUGCCACAGCUCCAGGCGGCCAUGUGGCAGUCCAGGGACAAUCACGAGUCCAAGAAACUGGCCCUUGACGUUAUUUGCACUGACAUUACGAAGCGUGCGAGGACGCUGGAGAAACGGAUCACUCUCGCGGAGGCCAAGAACAUACUUGGCAUCAAUCCCGAGGAGGCGAGAGAUGUGCGCACCGCUUUUGAGCAGAUACUGAAGGAUGAUGGUCUCAGCUCCAAGUCUGACGCCGGGCCUGCUCAGUGGGACAGCCUGAAGGGCAAGUGGGUAGACGGAUCGGACCUCAUUCAGCGCAUUCUCGCACUCGGGCCUGCGGAUCCCUCUCAUGCUGAGAAGGUGAGGGCUCUGGAUGUGCUCGCUCGAGACGUCAUGAAAAGGCUGCGAGACGACAUGUCGAGAAAGGACAAGCCAAAGAAAGGGGGCUCCACCAAGACGGGACGGCCGAAGGUGUCUGGAAAUCAGCACAAUCAGCAUGCGGAGGUGGCUCAGCCUCAGCUAGACAUGGUGGAGGAUAUACAGGGUAACACCGACCUGGUUGGCCAAUACGGAAACGCAGGACAAGUCUCGUCGAUGGGCCUGGUCCCCAGUUCCGGAGACAACCAGGCACAGCUGCUCAUGCCCGUGCCGAUGCAAGCCCAAGCCGCCGACCCUCUCGGCCACUCUGCGGCACGCAUCCUCUCCAAUGCUCUCCUCGGCCAGCCGAACAUGGCGCUCGACUCGCAUCUCGGGUCUUCCCUCCUCCUCGCCGCCAACGCGCAGGCAGCCUUCGUGGACCAGCAGUACGCGCAGCACUUCACGGCGGCGCAGUCCGUCUUCCAUGCCGCCCCGCCGCUGCCCACGACCGUGGCUAUCUACAUGCGCCUGCACCCGUCGUCGACGUUCGUGGUGAAUGCGAACCUCUGGAUCGCGACGCUGAGCUCGCACUCGAUGCAGGAGCUGCGGCACGUGGCGGCGAGCAAGUUCCCCGGGGCCAUUUGCCUGAGAGUUGAGGGGGUGCUGAAGGAUGGCAAGGGCGGGGAGAUGCCUUUACAGAUUGACCAAGAUCCGGAGCUGGCUGCGUACCUCGCACAUUUGCAGGGUGCCACGCCUACUUUCAACGUGCAGCUCGUCCCCGGAUGGAAGACUGGCUGA